GGUCUGGCAAUCAAACAUCAUAGUCAAUAUGGAGUUUCCAAGUUUCUACAUCAAGUUGUUUGUACUGGUUUGUUUGGUGGCCGAGUCCAUCCAAGUGCCAAGUAUACGUAUCGUUAGCGGUACUAAAGCUGUUGCGGGUCAAUUUCCUUAUCAGGUAUCCAUACGUGUAAGCGGAAAACAUAUUUGCGGUGGAGCUUUGAUUUCUCAAAAUUCUGUUGUAACUGCAGCACACUGUGUAGUCAGUAUUCCGGAACAAUUCCUUACUGUACAAGCCGGUACGGUAAAUCUCACCGCAACCGGUACUGUUGUUGCAGUAUCGAAAAUAAUUCCGCAUCCCGACUACAAUUACGACAAUGACAUUGCUGUGCUGGCGUUAAGUACUAAACUCGACUACUCCGAUGUCAUACUACCAAUUUCACUGGCUGUAAAUGAAGCACCGGCUGGCGAAGAGGUGACCAUUACUGGUUGGGGUCGCGUGCGAGAUGGCGGUGCACUCCCCGAAAUAUUACAGUAUAGUCGCAGUUUGACUGUUUUAAGUGAUGAACAGUGUGCUCGUGUAGCCGGUCCCGUCAAUAAAGGCAUACAAUGUCUUUCAAAGGUUAGAAAUAAUGGCUUCUGUGAUGGUGAUGAUGGUGGUCCAGCCGUACACAAAGGCGUAUUGAUUGGCAUCGCAAGUUAUUAUUCCGAUGGCUGUGGUUCUGCUUCACCAGACGGCUACUCCAAGAUAUCCUAUUAUCGUAAGUGGUUAGUUGCAAACUCUUUUUAAAAGCAGUUUGUAACAAUCACAAGUUUAUAAACAAUAAAGUUCAACUAUAAUCAA